AUGGCUGCUGCGGAUCAAUGUCGCCCAGGCGGUGAAGUCAGUGCGCCUGCAGGUCUGGGAAUGACUCGCUGUUUUAGCGUCACCUCAGUGGGGGAGCGCGCGCCGGGAGGCGUCAGAGCUGACAUGGGGUCCCUGUGCGCCCUGAGGACGCUCAUGGUGCUGGGCUUGGUGACGGCCCUCGCGGGAUGCGCCCCCGGUCUGAACCGGACGGCGGAGCGCUGGGAGGCCCUCUACUCGCGCUCUCUGGCGCGGAUCCCGGGGGAGAAGCGGGAGGAGAUGAGCCGGGACGGAGACUACCUGCUCGGCAUUAAGCGGCUGCGGCGCCUCUACUGCAACGUCGGGAUUGGAUUUCAUUUACAGGUUUCACCCAAUGGCAGAAUAACAGGCGUUCACAGCGAGAAUCCUUACA